AAACAUUUUCAUGACAAACAUCUUGCCCUAGUAAAGCUCACCUUAGUAAACGCUGCAUACAAAGCACUCCCCAGUGAAUGGCUCCCUCUGCUGGUCUACUGCGCUCCUCACCACCUGCAUUGGGUGGAUCCACCGGUGACAGCUGUGCUGUGAUAGGCUGCUCCAAGAGGAGGCUGUCAUGACACCGUGGAUGCUGCACAGGAUCACAUCCACGGCAUCAGCAGCAAGCGCUCCUCCAUCCACCUCGCCAUCCCUCCGUCUUUUCUCUCUCUUCUCCUCCUCUGCUUCUCCUCGUCAUACCACCAUCCUUGCUCCAUCCGUUCCUUUUCCCUUCCCUCGACGGGAGCACAUUGCGGCAGAGGACGAUUUACACACACUCACCAGCGGGAAAAGCAGCAGCGGACAGACUGGCUCGUCCUCUAUUUCGCCCUCCCCUUGAAAAACCCCACUCUCUCCAUCCUCUUCUCUCCUCCUCACCCUUCUUCUCCUUCUUGCCGUCCAGUCUCCCAGGAUGCCUCAGUUCAUGAUGCUCCAGUAGGCCUCAGCAGCAUGGGCGGAGCCUGGGUGGGAAGAGAGAUUACAGAUUGGACCCUUCCCCUCAGGACGGGCGAACUGGCGGGCCACCCUCCCUCUUCUUCAGAUGGGCGAGGACGCUGAGAGCCCCAAAAUCAACCACACCUUCCUGAGAGACUACGUCACUGAAGCCGAUGUCAUCUCUACGGUGGAGUUCAACCAGACGGGGGACCUGCUGGCCACAGGGGAUAAAGGUGGCCGAGUGGUCAUCUUUCAAAGAGAGACUGAGUCCAAGGGCGAGUCAGAGGAGGCAGGUGAGGUGGGGGACUCGGGAGAGUACAACGUCUACAGCACGUUCCAGAGCCACGAGCCCGACUUUGACUACCUGAAGAGUCUGGAGAUAGAGGAGAAGAUCAACAAGAUCAGGUGGCUGCCGCAGCAGAAUGCCGCACAUUUCCUGCUCUCCACCAAUGAUAAGACCGUUAAACUGUGGAAGGUCAGCGAGAGAGACAAAAGACCAGAAGGAUACAACCUGAAAGAUGAGGAGGGACGGAUCAAGGAUGUUUCCACCAUCACUUCUCUGAGGGUGCCGGUGCUGAAACCAACAGAUCUGAUGGUAGAAGUCCGUCCUCGGCGCGUUUUCGCAAACGGACACACAUACCACAUCAACUCUAUCUCUGUCAACAGCGAUGGGGAGACUUACCUGUCUGCUGAUGACCUCCGCAUCAAUAUGUGGCAUCUGGACAUCACAGAUCGUAGUUUCAACAUUGUAGACAUCAAACCCACCAACAUGGAGGACCUGACGGAGGUGAUAACAGCAGCGGAGUUCCACCCUCACCACUGCCACGUGUUUGUGUACAGCAGCAGCAAGGGGACCCUUCGCCUCUGUGAUAUGAGGGCCUCGGCUCUUUGUGACAAGCAUACCAAACUUUUUGAGGAACCUGAAGAUCCCGGGAGCCGUUCGUUCUUCUCAGAGAUUAUUUCCUCUGUGUCGGAUGUUAAGUUCAGCCACAGUGGCCGCUACCUGCUGACAAGAGACUACCUGACGGCCAAGGUGUGGGACCUGAAUAUGGAUAAAGGCCCAGUUGAAACCUACCAAGUCCAUGAAUACCUGAGGAGUAAGCUGUGUUCCCUAUAUGAGAAUGACUGCAUCUUUGAUAAGUUCGAAUGUGUCUGGAACAGCUCAGACAGCGUGAUCAUGACUGGAGCAUACAACAGCUUUUUCCGGAUGUUCGACCGGGAGACGGGCCGGGGCGUGACCCUUGAGGCGUGGCGGGAGAACAGCAAACCCCGGGCCGUGUUGCGGACCCGCCGGGUGUACACGGGCGGCAAGCGCCGUCGCGGCGAUGUCGGCGUCGACAGCCUGGACUUCACCAAGAAAAUCCUGCACAUGGCCUGGCACCCGGCGGAGAAUAUCAUUGCCAUAGCGGCGACCAACAACCUGUACAUCUUUCAGGAUCGUGUCAACCCUGACGCGCAGACGCAGUGACAGGAACACAAAGACAGACUUGAAAUCGUUUCAGUGUUUUAAGGAAUGCAUGAGAGAGAUGCAGCCUCUGGAUGUGGGAUUGAUGACUGAUUCUUGAACUAAACUAAUUUUAUGACA